AUGAGAAGAAGAAGAGAUCUGCGUUUGGAGAAACAAGAGACUCAGAGCUACCAAGAUAGAGCUAAAGGGAUUCCCUGGAAUCUUAAUCCUUCAAGCUUAGAACAUUCUAUUUCAUCAGAAGUUCGUGUCUGUGAUAAUCUUGAACAGGAGGUGUGCGAUUAUGGAAAGAACAGACCCAUCAUCUUCUCCAGAAGGAAGAACUAG